GCUAUAUACCUUGUUGUGUUGUCAUCACUCCCGUGUGUCUCCUCCGUACCUAUCUCUCUCGCCGCCGCCGCCGCCGACGCCGCUGUCCGACGUCCGUCCGCGUCGUUAUUAUUAUUUUAUCGUUUACGUUAACGCUCGCUGUCACCGGUCGUGUUACGCUUUACCCGUUUAAUUAAUAUUAUUAUCGUUACUCGUCGUUCGUGGUUCCAUCCGGCCCGAAUCUCCGACACCGCCGACGACACUUCCGUCGUUGCCGCCGAAUCGUACUCUUCCGCGACAGUCUUACGACAUAUUUACGACUUCCAAUAGUUAAUAAUUUACAUCAAUGUUGUGCUCACGACAUCCAUCCGCUGUCCGGCGGCGACACAUCUGCCGUAAAUUACAAUAUUACGACGACCGGCCCGCGACAUUUUAUAAUCGUCCGUGUGUGUUAUCACUACCGUCGUCGUCGUCGUUGUAUUAUUAUUAUUAUUAUUAUUGUCGAGAGGCUUUAUUUAUUUUGGUUGUUUACCCCUACCUAAGUAGAACACGGACGGAGCCGAUGCCGGAUACCCGCAGAGACUGUCUGGCGACGUCAGAACUCAGUAUCAGAAAACCAAUUUGAAUUUCGUAAACAAACCAAAUGUAUUUUUUUUAUCAUUUCUCGUGGCCACCGGUGGUCGGACACCUGACGACGCGACCGUAUUAAUUGUAAUACCUAUUAUUGUGUAUGCACUUCCGCGUACGCGGCAAUCGUCCCUGCACUGCCUUGAUCGUGUAUGCCUUUACACUGCCACCUUAACUUAACAGUUUUUAAGCGCCAUGAUCAAGUGUUUUAUUCGUUUGCGUAGGACGUAACGACGAUCCAAUCGUGUUAUGGACGGUAUGGUAGAAGAAAAUGGCACUGGCGGUUCAGUUGACGCCCUCGUCUCGCAGGGUACCGGCAGUCCUAUCGUCGUCACGUCGGUGCACUCAGUCAUCCAGGCAAACCAACAGUCAGUCAUCCAGACUGCAACGCAUGGCACCAUGCUCACCAAAGGCAAUGUUAUAUUAUUAAGCAAGCCGAAUUCAGUUAUACAAACCCCUCAAGGAAAUAUACAAACUCUUCAGGUUGUUGAAGCUGGUAGUGAUGAAAGCUUAUCGGCAAAUGAGGAUAGUCCCAAAAGAGUACGCCACGAUGCUUUAACCAGAAGGCCGUCUUAUCGGAAGAUCUUGAAUGAUAUCGCAGGCGGAAAAGUUGAAUCAUCUGGUUCAGAUUGUGAUUCAAAUCUUGACAGCGAAUUAUCUUCAAAUUCAUUGUCUGCUCAUUACCAAUCUGUCCCUGCAGCAAUUCAGUUAAAUACUCAAGGUGAAAUGCAUAAUAUGCCAACAUUAACAAUGUCAAAUCCACCAUCUACGGGGGGUACUAUAUUGCAGUAUGCGAGUCAGGAUGGACAAUUUUUUGUACCUGUUGUUACCCAAGGAGGGAGUUCCACUUUAAAUACAAGUUCUCUGGUACCUGAAGACCAAGUUAAAAAACGUGAAAUGAGGCUAUUAAAAAAUAGAGAAGCAGCAAGAGAAUGUAGAAGAAAAAAGAAAGAAUAUAUUAAAUGCUUAGAAAACCGAGUAUCUGUAUUAGAAAAUCAGAAUAAAGCACUAAUUGAAGAGUUAAAAGCGCUAAAAGAACUUUAUUGCCAAACAAAGACUGAAUAGAAAUAGUUUUUGAACCUUCAAAUUUAAGAGAAAAAACAAAGUACCAGUCAUGACCAAAAUUGCAUGCUUAAAGUGAUAUUAAAAAAAUCUUGUAAGCUCAUUUUAACUUAUAUAAUAUGUUUUAAUCUUUUGGUUAUGUUUGGAAUUGUGUAAUUUUUAAAAAUGGUUUAUUUUUGUUAAAUCCAAGAAAUUAGUAAAAGGGUCAAUUGUGCAGUUAAAUGGGUGGCCAAUUCCGUGUAAACGAUUAUUUUAGUGCAUAAUUGUCUAUUACAUGACAUCACAGUAAUUUUUUUUUUUUACAUAUUUUCAACGAAUUUGUGAGCUUUUGUAUUAUUAUCUAUGCAGUUACAUAAUUUUAUAUUCUAGUGAAAUUUGAAACUAAAAAAAAGAAAAAGUUUCUGUCUUUUCACAAUAUUAGUGUUGGCUAAUUUUUUUUAUUUGUCAACCAUAAAAUUUUAUUUGGUAAUGUAUGGGGUUUGUUCUAAAUUUAAAUAAUUGUUUUCCUUAAAUUUACUUAUUAAAAUGUACGAUCCAGGCAGAUUUGGUUAUGAUGAAUUAAUGAACUAUUUUUUUAAACAUACAAUUCUCAAAAUAUUAAGUUACCUGUAUGGUUAAUUCGGUUUAAGAUAAUAUAUAGA